AUUGUAUUGGGAGAUACACAGGUUGGGAAGAGUUGUUUCAUGAUGUGUAUUACCAAUGAAAAGAAGGAAACAAAACCAACGAUCGGAGUGGAAAUGAAAAUUAAAAGUAUUACAAAGGAUGAUAAAGUGUAUAAAGUAACAAUUUACGAUACUGCUGGACAGGAACGAUUCAGAACAGUUACGAGUAAUUACUAUAGAGCUUCUCAUUUGGUAUUUCUGGUCUAUGAUGUAACAUCUAGGAAAUCAUUUGAGAGUGUUAAAAGUUGGUUACUUGAUUUUCAAACAUAUAGCAAUUCAGAUACAUGUCCUCCUUAUAUAACACUAGUUGGGAACAAAAUGGACUUGCGAGAUCAAAGAGUGGUGAGCAGGGAGGAAGGUGAAAUUUUAAAGAAGGAAUUGGAAUUGGAUGCCUUUUACGAAUGUUCUGUAUCAACAAAUAAUGGAGUGAAUGAAGCUUUUUUAAAUGCAGUUCGUAAGUAUUACUAG